GGCCAUCCCCUGAGGGGUUUCUUUAUUUACUUAUUUUUUUUAAUGAAACCUUCAAUUUCCUGAUUGUAAGGGCUGGUGCCAUCUUAUCUAAAUAUGACUGAUGGAUUUUUCAUAUUGACCUCUUGGACCUUUUAUUGUUGGUCUUUUUAGAGAAAGAUAAUCAUUGAAGUUUUGUUAGUGUCUUGCUACAUUUUGAUGAAUUUUCUUUUAACUAAUUACUUAUUAUUAUCACCAAACCAUAUCUAAGGAUGGGAGAUAGGUGAAUUAUAAGAGUAAUUCAGGUUAUUAUGUCUUUAGUGCGACAGGGAUGUACUUUUAGCAAACAAAAGAUGAUUGGUCGCUUUCAGUAUUUGUUCUUUGGUACAUCCCAAGUUGAUAGCAAUAGUUAUAAUCAUGUUGACUAUAAUCUUGUUUAUGCAGUUUCUCCGUCUUCUGGCGUCUGGUCCUGUUAUAUUGACAUGCUUGUCGUUUUGCAGCUGAGUGACCGAGUAUCUAGCUAGAUUAACUAUAUAGGUAACCACAGCAAGGAUUUCUCACAUCGUCAUUGAAUCAGUUUGAGGUACUAGCUCAUGGGGAUCCAUGAAGAGGAAAAGCCUUGUAAGCCUGAAAAAUCCUCUUCACCUCCAACGCAGGAGCAGGAGCAACAGCAGCAACAGACCAACGUUCAUGUGUAUCCCGAUUGGAUGGCCAUGCAGGCAUAUUACGGCCCUAGAAUGGCUGUACCGCCAUACUUCAACUCAGCUCUUGCAGCUGGUCAUGGCCCUCCCCCUUAUAUGUGGGGACCUCCGCAGCAUAUGAUGCCACCCUAUGCUGCAUUCUAUCCACAUGGAGGUGUUUAUGCGCAUCCUGGAGUUCAUCUCGCAACUAGUCCUCUGAACGUUGAUUCUCCUGCCAAGUCAUCAGGGGAUUCUGAUCGAGGCUUGAUGAAGAAGUUGAAAGGAUUUGAUGGGUUGGCAAUGUCAAUAGGCAAUGGCAAUGGUGAUGGUGCUGAAGGUGGAAAUGACAAUGGGAUCUCUCACAGUGGCGAGACUGAAGGUUCCAGUGAAGGAAGUGACGGGAAUACAACUGAGGGAGGUCAAGUUGGUCGGAAAAGGAGCCACGAAGGGUCACCUAUUCUUCCUGCAGUUGGCAAGUCUGAAACGCACAGCGGUGAACUUCUUUCUACUGGAGCAGAUGGAACUUCCAGUAAAACGUCAGGUGUUGCUGUUGCUUCUGCUAAGGUUUCGGGUAAAGCAGGAGGGGUUCUUUCUGCCAACCCAAUCACUGAACUGAAUCUCAAGAAUUCUCCGACUGCAGCUGCUAACAUGACUUCAUCAUUUGUUCCCUUGAUACCCAAUGAGAAUCUGCUGCAGAAUGACCGAGAACUGAAAAGGGAGAGGAGAAAGCAGUCUAAUCGAGAAUCUGCCAGAAGGUCGAGAUUAAGGAAACAGGAAAAACUUAAGAACACAGAAAGAGGAGUUAUGGAAGAUCCAAGGUGCAACAAGGGUUCGGGUUCAUCUCUGAGCACGGCUAACCUCCUCUCUCGAGUCGACAACAGUUCUGGUUGUGUGGUUAGAAACGAGGGAGAAAGCGAAGUGAACAAAGACCCCGAUUCUGGUGCAAAGUUGCGUCAACUCCUUGAUUCGAGCCCCAGGGCCGAUGCUGUUGCUGCUGGCUAGUCGUUAGUCAUAGUCAAUCCUAUAACAAAACAAACAAUAAGUACCUGUUUUUUUACUUGGUAUUUCUAGUUAAUUUUGGUGCAACGAUAAAGCCAAAAUCGAUACUAACGUUAGAGAAAACAAAACUACCUGAUUAGGUUGGGAGUUGGGUGAAAGAAAGAACCCGAGUCCCCAAGAUUUUAGAGUUUGGUCUGAUUAUGUGGUUUUAGAUUUCGAGUGGCGAAUCUGAAAUGCGUAUUUAGUUUCAGAUGAUGCCUUGAAACUGGCCACCGAUAGUGUUUAGUGUAAUUAUUAAGAACCUGCUACUUGCUAGAUACCGAUAAUAUGAUUUGUGUAAGAUAUAUAUGAUGAGCAUUGGAACUCAUGGUUAAUGUGAAUUGAGUUUGGAUUAUCGCGUUCUA